AUGCCUGUCAGUGUGCCCAGCCGAGGAGGACCAGGCGGUGGUAAGAAAGGCACUGCGGCCAAGACCAUACCGGGGCGAAAGAGCACCUCGGGGAAGGUUCCACUGGGAUCUUCGCGCCAUCGGAAGGUUGUCCGAGACAGCAUCAGAGGAAUCACACGCCCUGACAUCCGCCGCUUAGCUCGUCGCGGAGGUGUCAAACGUAUCUCAGGCAACAUUUACGAGGAUUGUCGCAAAGCUCUCAAAGAUCAUUUGAGCGAGAUUCUACGCAUUUGCGUCAUGUACGUUGAAUAUAGGUCGGCGAAGACAGUCACUGUCAACGACGUCAUCUACUCGCUCCGCCAAAUCGGUCGUCCCAUCUAUGGCUUCGACCCUGAGAUGGACCGCAAGAAGCUGCGAUCCAUGCCCUUCCAGGACGCCAGGGAAUAG